GUCAAUGGCAAUCCAGCAAUUCAACCCUUGCGUUCCUGAUAAACCACCUUCGCAUCUACUUCAUUCAUUAAAUCUCUCAUUACUCCCCCUCUCAGUUUUCACAUGUUCUUAAAAAAUCGUGAUGAUUUGCUUGAUGAUGUAGAAACUAUAAGAUCAUUGAGCAGUUGGUGCGGUUUUCUGAAAACUUUACUCACCACCGCCGCCUCCUUCGCCUGCACCACUUCCAGCGCCACUAUGGUUUUUUUUAUCACUUUUACAAACAGGUUAGUGUCUUGGAAUGUCUCAAGGUCAUGGUCGGCCUCUAGGCAGCUCCAAGCAAUCGGGAGCAACUUGGUAGCACCACGUGCGAACGAAAUAGUCGCCACCAAUGGACUCGAAAUGCUUACUUACACAAUGGGUAUCGUUUUGCUGUUUUUAAUGUGGGCAUUGAUGGCCGCAAUACCGUGCCAGGACCGAGGUUUGCAAGUUCAGUUUUAUUUGCCUAUGCAGUUUUCUUGGGCUGCCACCAUUCUUUCGUUGCUUGGUAAGAUCAUGGAGGAGUCGAGGAAAAAAGACAGGAAGAAUUCAUGUGGGUUAUUGAUGGAGAUUCACUGAAUCGAGAAGUGUACGCUGUUGUUGAACAAACUGACACUACCGAGCAGUUUCCAAUCGGCGACGACAAGGAAAUAGAGUUGAGGCAGAGAGUGGAGGAAUUGGGGCAAGCUUAUGGUGCAAUGAAGGUUUAGAACCAUUGGAGAAGAAGGUUAGGGAGGUGUUUCAUAGUGUUGUUCAUAGUCGAAUCGAAGGGAAGGGCUGGACUCUUUAGGAAGGGGACACAAUACUGAGUAAACAAGUUUGUGCUUAAGAUCGGUCUUGGAUUCGGAUUAUAUGUCCAAAAGUAAGGUUGAUUUAAACACAAUUAGAUUGUUUGACAAAGAGGUUGGAUUUGGGCUCUAACAAUCAAGAUCCCAAUCCACGCCUAUCAUACUUUUUUUUCCUUUCAAUUUUGUAAUCAAA